AUGAAAGCAAUAGGGAGGUCCCUCGGGGGCCGUCGUCUGCCCACAAGUGUCCAUCGCACAGCAUGCAAAACGUCACGUGCCUUCACCAAACCCGCCUUCGCCCCGAAGCCCAUCAUCGACAUCAAGCACAUCCGCAACGCUCCCGGCCUCUACGAGCAAAACUGCAUAGACCGCAACUACGGCGCACACGCCAACAGCUCGUGGCGCAUCGUCGAGCUGCACGAGCAAUGGCUCGCUCUCCAGAAAAGCGCGCGCGAGCUGCGGUCACGCAACAAGGCGCUGCGGGAGCAGAUCACGAAGGGCGGGGCCGAGAAGGACAAGGCAUUGGCUGAGGCAAAGGUGACGAAGAAGGAGCUGGGCGAGAUUGAGGCGAAGGAGUCGCAGCUGCAAGAAGAAAUUGAGGGCCUGGCGCAGGAUCUGCCGAACCUGAGCAGUGUGCACACGCCUGUUGGCACGGAGGCGGCGCUGGUGGACUACAUUGGCGAGCACCCUGAUCCGGGGAACGGCAAGCCGUGGAAGAGCCAUGUGGAUGUCGGGCAGCAGCUGGGGAUCCUGGACUUUAGCGGUGCGGCGCAGACGUCGGGGUGGGGGUGGUACUUCCUGGUCGGCGACGGUGCGAUGCUGGAGCAGGCGCUAGUGCAGUACGCGCUGAGCGUGGCGCGGCGGAAGAAGUGGAAGGUGGUUGCGCCUCCGUCGCUGGUGUACUCGCACAUUGCGUCGGCAUGUGGGUUCCAGCCGCGAGAUCAGCAUGGCGAGCAGCAGGUGUAUGCCAUUGAGCAGUCGGACAAGGACAAGGCGAAGCCGCAGCUGGCCCUGGCUGGGACGGCGGAGAUCCCGCUGGCUGGCAUGAAGGCCAACAGCGUCUUCGGCCCGUCGGAGCUGCCCCUCAAGACGGUCGGGGUGAGCAGAUGCUACAGAGCGGAGGCUGGAGCCCGCGGCGCGGACACCAAGGGCUUGUACCGCGUGCACGAGUUCACCAAGGUCGAGAUGUUCGCGUGGACCGCGCCGGACCAGACUGGCGACGAGCACUUCACGGCGGGCGAUGCAUCGAGCUCGGCAGCCGUCUUCGAGGAGAUGCUCAGCAUGCAGCACGAGAUGCUGAGCGCGCUGGGUCUCCACUGCCGCGUCCUGGAGAUGCCCACCACCGACCUCGGCGCAAGCGCAAUCAGGAAGCGCGACAUUGAGGCGUUCUUCCCGUCUCGACGCUCGAUAGACGACGGCUGGGGCGAGGUCACGUCCACAUCCGUGUGCACCGACUACCAGACUCGACGGCUGCACACUCGUCUGCGCACGGCCAACGCCAACAAGCUCGAGUUCCCCUUCACGCUGAACGGCACCGCGCUGGCAGUACCGCGGGUGCUAGCCGCUAUCCUGGAGAACCACUGGGACGAGGAGAGCGCGACGGUCAGGAUACCACUGGUGCUGCAGCCGUUCAUGGGCGGGCAGACGCGGAUCUCGAAGCAAGCGUAG